AUGCAUUUAUUUUACUCCAAAAAUAAUUUUAUUUACUGUUGACUCGUAGAAAUGCUGGUAAUUGAGGGUCAGCAAAGUGAAUUUAAAACUCUGUUAUUAUGCAUAUUAAUAUAUAAAAUGUCAACAAAUCUCAUCGUUGCUAAAGCUCUCCAGUCUCAAGGAGUGAAAAAAUGCUAUGGGAUUAUGGGCUUCCCCAUCAUUGAGAUGGCUAUGACAUUUCAUCAAGAAGGCAUUCAAUGGAUCGCCUUUAGAAACGAACAAGGUGCUGCCUAUGCUGCAGGAAUUGAAGGAUAUUUAACUCAAAGACCAGGAAUCUGCGCAACUGUAAGCGGUCCUGGCUUUACAAAUGCCCUUAGUGGUUUAGCAAAUGCCCGAGACAAUUCUUGGCCAAUGAUCCUUAUUUCAGGGUCUUCUGAAGUCGCCCAGCUUGGCCGUGACGCAUUUCAAGAAUUCGAUCAAGCUGAAGCUGCCAGAGAAUUUGUAAAAUGGAGCAUCAGGGUCACAUGCCUAGAAAUGAUACCAAGAGUAAUUGAAAGAGCCUUCAGAAUCAGUAUGAGUGGACGGCCUGGGCCUGUUUAUAUUGAUUUGCCAGCUGACAUUUUAAGAGCGACUAUUCCUGAAGAGCCAGCUUACUUGCCUUAUUUUAACAAACUUUUAGGGCCUAUGGGGAAUCCUGAGUGCAUAAAGGAAGCUAUUUUAUUGCUAAAAAAUGCAAAAAAUCCACUGGUUAUUGUAGGAAAAGGGGUCGCAUAUGCUAGAGCUGAGACUAGUGUUAAUGAAUUGAUAUCAAACACAGGGCUUCCUUAUUUGCCGACACCUAUGGGGAAAGGAAUUAUCCCAGAUUCCUCUGAAUUUUGUGUAUCCCCAGCCCGUUCUACAGUAUUAGGAAACGCUGAUAUAAUUUUAUUGCUUGGGGCUAGACUUAACUGGAUUCUUCAUUUUGGGCUCCCUCCUCGCUUUAACCCAAAUGUAAAAUUCAUACAAAUUAAUAUUGACCCUCACCAGCUGAGUAAUAAUGUAAGAGAUGCGGUAUCUAUUCAUGCUGAUUUAUCAUUAGCUAUACCUCAGCUUAUCGCAGGGCUAGGAAAUUGGAAAUUUGCAAGCCAAGAAUGGUGGGCAAAAAUUAAUGCUUCUAUAAAGAAAAAUAAUCAGCUUUCACAAGAUUUUACCAAUGCUCCUGAAUUUAAUGAAAAAUAUGGAUUUUUAUGAUUUUUUUAGAAAAAAAUAUAUAUAAAUUUUUAAGAAAAUUGAGAAACCAAUUUAAUUUAUUACAAUUCUUUGAAUAAAGUUAACGAAUUUAUUAGAAAAGAUGCAAUUUUAGUCAUAGAAGGCUCAAAUACAAUGGAUAUUGCUAGAACUGUAGUCCCAAGCUAUCUUCCUAGAGCUAGGCUUGAUGCAGGGUCUUUUGGAACUAUGGGAGUGGCAAUUCCUGCAUGUAUCGCCGCAAAAGCUAUUAAUCCAGAUAAAGAAAUUUUUGCUAUUGUAGGAGAUUCGUCAUUUGGGUUUAGCGCAAUGGAGAUAGAGACAGCGACUAGGUUUAAGCUUGAUAUGCUUAUCGUCAUUAUUAACAAUAAUGGAAUUGCAUUUGGGGUUGACAGUCUGCCUGAAGAUCCUAAAGAAAUUAGACCAAAUGCAUUAAACCCAGCUACUCAAUAUGAAAAAUUGACUGAAGCAUUAGGAGGAAUUGGAUAUAGAGCCAAAAAUUUGAAAGAAUUAGAAGAAGUUAUGAAGAAGGCUACAGCGACUAAAGGGGUCAGAGUGGUUAAUGUGUGCAUUGACCCAAAUGCUGGGAAAAAGCCUCAGCAGCAUUUUUGGCUCUCAAUGCCAGACCCAAAACUUUAA